CACUUUGCAACAUGAUCCACGGAGAGGCCGGGCUCUGCAGCGCUGCAUCCGCCUGCCACACCGCACCACAUGGAGGCUGGGUAGAGCCGCGGUGAACUUGGGAUGAUAAAGAAAAGAAGGUGGACCAUUUUCCUUCGUCUGUUGGCUAUAUGAACCCGCACAGCAUCAGCAGCUCCUGACAAAGCAAAGGCAGACUCAGAGAUGAGGGUGACGGGAAGUGCUGCUGCUGCUGCUGCUGCUGCUUAUUGCAGUCUGCGUCAAACCUCCUCCAGAAGAUGAUGCCCUCUGUGCCUCUUACGGAUCUUUUGUGUUCCUCGUUUGCUUGUGAUCCAUGUCAGUAUCUCGGGGUAAACAUCCAGCAGGGACAGACAGUGACGGUCACUUCGUCGUCACUCUCAGCAUCUGCAUUGUAAAGAGUUCGUCCAGGGGAGUGGGGUUUUCAAGGAGUAUGCGGAGAUAAAUUAACACCAGAUUUUGUUUGCUGCGUUCAAGUCACAUCGAGCCAUAUUUGGAUUAUCGGGCUUUUUUUUGUUUGUUUGUUUGUUUGUUUACCAACAUGAACUCGCUGUUUUUCUCCGAUUCUCCUCCCGGGGCGGUCUGCAACGUCCCCACCGGGUCGGGCGCGGUGACCAGCGCCCUGCGAAACGACCUGGGCUCCAACAUCCAUGUGCUGAAAACCCUGAACCUGCGCUUUCGCUGCUUCCUCGCCAAAGUCCAUGAGCUGGAGAGGAGAAACAAGCUGCUGGAGAGCCAGCUGCAGCAAGCUCUGCAGAGACCGCACUACCGCCACCUUUACACCCGAGAAGUGGCCGUGCAGACAGACGGUCCCGGGUCGAGGCUGCCGGGCACCAUCUGGAGUUUCACCCACAUCCGGAGGCAAGGGGAGCGCCUCGAGACCCUGCACGGGCCCGGGGUGACCUGGACGCACCCGGACGGAGUUGGGGUCCAAAUAGACACCAUAACCCCAGAACUGAGGGCUCUCUAUAAUGUGCUGGCCAAAGUCAAGAGGGAGAGGGACGAGUACAAGAGAAAAUGGGAGGAGGAGCUGUCCAAGCGAGAGCAGCUGGAGUCCAUGGUUGAAUCCCUGCAAGAGAGCGCCCAAGAGUCCUCAGCGAUCCAGGGUGAGCUGAGCGAGAAGGUGGACAGGCUGAAGGCUGAACUCGUGGUCUUCAAGAGUCUGAUGAGUGAUCAAAUGUCUGACCUGGACUCCCAGAUUCAGGAGAAAGCCAGGCGGGUGGACAUGGACAUCUGCAGGCGCAUCGACAUCACGGCCAAACUGUGUGACGUGGCCCAGCAACGCAACUCAGAAGACAUGUCAAAGAUGUUCAACGUCAGUCCUGCCAGGUCGAUGCCCGAGAAGGGUGCCAUGGCCUGCUGCAGGAGAAAAGAGCGUAAAGCAGUGUCUGAUGAGGAGAAUUCGGAGAUGGAUGCCGAGCCGAGCCCCUCAGAAGAGGAGGUGCCCGGGUCGCUCAACAUCACAGACGAGAUGAAACGCAUGCUCAACCAGCUACAUUGCUCAGAUAACUCCUUUGUUGCCAGGCGCGAGACGUUUGAGAUCGACGACGACUGCGACAGCCUGACGUGGGAGGAAAACGAGGAGACCCUGCUGCUGUGGGAGGACUUCACCAACUACAACGUGCCGUGCAACGUCGCUGCGAUGACCUGCGCCACCACCUGCCCCUGCGAGUCGAGCGCCGAAGCCGCCGAGCCGGACUCCCAGGAUGGAAGUCUUGGCAGCCUCAUUGAUGAAACAGAGUCACUAUUUAAGACCAGAGAGCAGGAGUACCAGGAGACCAUCGGCCAGAUCGAGAUGGAAUUGGCCACAGCAAAGAGCGACAUGAACCGACACCUGCACGAGUACAUGGAGAUGUGCAGCAUGAAGAGGGGCCUCGACGUGCAGAUGGAGACCUGUCGGCGGAUGAUUAAAGGUGGCAGGAACUCUCCUUCUUUCAGCUCUGUGGCCAGCAGCGACUCAGGGAACACGGACGAGAUCCAGGACGAGAUUUCGGACAAGGACGUAGAGGCCGAAGUCCCCGUUAGUUGAUGCCGGGCUCCGUCCCAUCUCCUCCUCCCGUCUGCCCCUGGUUAUCACAGGGUUUAAAGACCCUGCUACAGCAGCGGACCAUCCUAAAUCUGGGCCUGUUUGGGCCCAUUUUAAUGGUGAUGUUCACUGACGCAGGCCCAGAACUGGUGCUUUUAUACUAUUUCUGUUGUAUAAAAAAUGGUGGUGGGGGGGGGGUCGUCUUUGCUUGACAAAGAGAAGAGUGCAUAUAAAAGCCAAGCUGUGCUCUCUUCCUCACUGCUGCCUCGCUAGAUCCUUGUCCAGAGCUUCACAUAACUUCUGGGAGAAAAGAAAUUUAAUAUUUUAAAUGGCCUGAAAAGUAUUUUCUACCCUAUAAAGAUCCUUUAUUUCUAAAGGAAUUGAAUACAGUACAUAUUGUGCUCCUCAUUUAGUGAACUAAUAUAUUAAUCACCAAAACCAAAACACACAUCAUCAUUUACAUUUUUAAUAUUUAUUUUCGAUAAAGAUUCAAGAUUCCUUGAUCGGAAUACUUUCUUGUUUUGGUUUUGCCAUCAUCAUUAUUAUUAUUAUUAUUAUUAUUAUUAUCAUUAUUAUUUCCAGGUGGGGUAUUUGCAGUCCAAACUAAAUUGUCUGGGAUUUAAGAGUCUUCUGCCCAGGAGACAAAAAGAAGUAGAGACAGAUGGUGUUGGAGUUCUGGUGGUUUCUGAGGGAACUCUGCAGGCUUGCCAAAGCUGACCGAGGAAAGGAGCACAGCCUUUUCAAGCAUCAGUGCACUACUGAAGUUCUAUGCAAUUUAGCUGGCCUUAUUUUUUUGGACUGGCUUUCACCCUUCCUCUUUUUUCUUCUUAACACCCGUUUGCCUUUUGAGCGAGGCAGGUGUUUUCUAUGUAUCUGUUUGAGAGCUCUUGUCUGUGUGUGGCGUAACUGUAUGGCAACGUUUUUCUUUUUUUUUUUUUUCUCACGAGCAUCAAGCGUGAAAACUGGAACAGGCCCCGCCCCUUAAGACCAUCACUUACAGCGAUAAUUUGCUGCAUUUGCCAGAUGUCGUGCUGCCGGAGCAGUAAGCAGGGAACGGGAAAACAAUCGUUCUCAUCUUGUGCAGUUUAUUUGUGCACACCGAGAUGCAUCUUUUAAAAAAAUACACCGAUCAGCCAUAAAAUUAUGAUAAUAUUCGUCGUGGCACCUGUAAGUGAAUAAGCAAGUAGACGGUUUUGUCCUCAAAGUUCAUGUGUUAGACUCUUGCACAGUUGGAGGAGGCAGGAAAAAUGGGCAAGUGGAAGGAUUUGAGCGACUCUGACAAGGGCCAGAUUGUGAUGGCUGGACAACUGAGUCAUAGCGUCUCCAAAACUGCAGAUGUUGUGGGGUGUUCCCAGGGUUCCCAGUUCCUAUUAAAACGGGUCAAAAGUGGAGAACCUGCAACUUUAUCAUGGUUUUAAAACCUAUCUUAAUAUAAUAAAUAAAUGAUAUAACUAUCUGUUGGAUGGGGACCCCUGCCUGACAACCUGCAGAACUUAAAGUGGAGUCCACGCAUAUCAGGGUGUUUCGGCAUUGAAGGGGCCACCUACACAAUGUUUCCUGGUUGUCGUAAUGUUAUGGCUGAUCCGUGCAAACUCCUGCAGCUGCGCUAAAAGAAUCGCCGUCGUAGUCGAAGCAAAACCACGCCCUCGAAACUUCUAAGCUAAACCAAAGGACACAUUUUACAAAGCUUCUGCUUCACGUUACUCACGAAUGUCAUUUCUAUUCAUUUUACUUUAAGGAGAUUUCUGUUGUGUGUGCGUUUUGGGUUGUUAUACUGCUGAUUGUAGACCACUUCCUGUUGUCCUGCAGGGGACGCUGUUCCAGACAGGUAGCAAGCCCUGCUCCCAUGAAUCGGGGCCAGAAACGUCAGACUGUACAUAGAGGGCUACAGGCAUGCGAUCGUAUACCCCAGAGGCCUUUUAUUUUUUUUGUUCUUGUUGUUGUUUCUAAUUGUCUUUUUGCAACUUAUUGAGACGUGUCACAAUUUUGCUCUUCAGUGCAGAAGCUGAACGACGCAUGGGGGCAGGAGUGAUCUUUCUAUCACCUCUUUGUAUUCUAACGUCUGUACGGUUUGCUGGAUCAAAGAUUAAGUGCUACUUCUAUCUUGAAGUUUUACAGAAGCAGAAUGUCAAAACACAGGCCGUUCGUUGUUUCAGCAUGCUGGUAUGGAGAAAUGGGUCCUCGUUUUGUUUUUGUUUUUUAUAUAUAUAAUAUUAUAUUUUGAACUAAAAUGCUGCAAUGCAGACUGCGCGCUACGUUUUUAUUCAAAACAGCGUCCAUCCUAAUCAUUACGUAAGUGUAUUUUUCACUGUUUUUAAUCAGUCUGUGUCGAAGAGAAACUGUGUGUUGCUGUCGCCGUGUUCAGCUUUCGUUCAUUUCGCAGGAAAUAGAUCACCCGUGACGACAACUAAUUGAUCACGUCAGACCUGAGUGAGGUCAGCAAAACUUUUAUCAUUUGAGUUGAUAUGAAACCAGCCUCAUGAGUAACAAAGAGCCAUCCUUUUACCGGUACUGUACUUUGUAGCGACGACAUCGAACAUUAUUCAUUCACUGCGUGGCUAUAACAUAACAUCCAGGAACAGCAGGUCUGACUUUCACACCACUCUGACCCUCACACUAACCAGCCAACCAAAGCAGAUGUGUGCAGUGAGACUUAAUCAAGCUAUGAAUCCUACUAACGCUGGAAAGUGUUUGUAACGUGUCUUCCACAAAUGUUUCACUUUUUCUUUUGAACAUAAUUUCAAAAUAUGUAUUGUUUUCCCCCCAUUAUACUCAAAGCAGGUUAAAUUCCCAUUGAAAACAAUGUAGCUUUAUUGAAUGUAGCUCGAUCAGAGGCCUCCUCUAAAGACCUCAAAAUUAAAAAAAAAAAAAAAACAUGUAGCUGUUUAAAACCCAGGGAUACAUGGUGUGCUGUUGGUAUGUUUUACUUUAGUAAACAGGUUCUGAGCCUGAACAAGAUACAGAACGUGACCGAAGGUGUAUGUAAAUGAGGUCCUGGUGGAUGUGAAUGUUUAAUACUAAAAUAAAGCGGUUUUAUACGAGCGGUUUUUAUCAGUAUGUGGUUAAAUGUCGGCAAACAGUUCAUUGACUUACCCUGUUGGCGUCAUUCUUUAAUUUCGUAACGGGGAGAUAAAAGGUUCAGCAAUACUCGUGGCCAUAUUUUAAGUCUCAGCUCAACAGUGUCGGACACUGGUCUUCGCGUUUCAUUUUGCCUCACAGGCAGCAGCGUCCUGACGGUUUUAUGUUAUCGACUUUUAUUUUACUGCUUUCUCUUUUAGAUUUGUACCGUUAUUUUUAUUUGUCAAAAAAAAAUAUAUUGACUCGGUGUACCGUAUUCAUAUGGGACGAGGGCAGAUUCUCUUUCAAAA